UGUCUGUCCGGACCUCUAUGUCUGACCGGUUUCAUAUUACGCUAUAAUAUAAUUAUACAUUCCGGAUAUUGCGGAUAUCAGGUAAUAGAUCUAAAAAAAUCAGCUUUCUAAUGCAUCUUUGACGUCAGAAGUGCAUCGAGCACUCGCGUGAUUUUCUGUAUUUAAAUAAUUGUUUAAAUGCAUAUUUUUGGAUCUAACCACUUAGCCUAUUUAAACACCUGGAAGAAGAAGGACAUCACCUUUGACUGACGACUGUUAUCAAGAUUACAUUUUAGGAACAUGGAGACAGUUUCCAUGGUCCAGCCUGACCCAGCAGCAUGAUCGGAGCACCCAGUCACUCAGGGGACACCCUGAUAGCGUGCCACUUCCCCAUGGUUCAGCUUCCCACUUGGCAACUUCCUGUCCAGGCCCUGUGCAGCUCGGCCAAGAGGCCCGGUCGGCUGUGCUCAGUAGGCCUGACCCGAGCCGUGUCCCUCCCAGAGCGAGACUCGCUAAACCGGGAGCAUGCCUUCGCCGGUGGCCGAAGAUGUUUCUCCAACAGUUACGGUAGUCUCAACGAGGACCGGGCGGAGGAGGAGGGGGCCAGUGACAGCAGCGGGAGGGACGACUCCAACUCGUCACCGGAGGAGACAAGUUCCCAUCUGAAGAAGGAAAGCUCUGGAGCCAGAGACUCACUGCGCUUACACAACUCAUUCCUUCCCAACACAGAGUUGGAUGAGGAUGAGGAAGAUGAAGAUAGUGAUGGAGAUAAUCUACACAGAUAUCACGAGGACUCGUCUUUUGUGUUGCAUGGGAAUUCCAACUGGCCUCUAAGUAAUAGUGCCAGAAAUAAUACAAUGUCCCACGGGCAUACUGACCGUACUGAGAGUGACCAAGAGUGGCUCUCUAACCAGCCUCACCAGCCGCAAUCACUGCCCACUGAAUGCAGAUCUGGCAUCACGGCAAUGGCUUAUAGAGAGCGGGACUCAGACAGACGGAAGGAUAACAUGUGCUGCAGCAUCCACCGACAACACAAAUGUUCCCCAGAGCUGUUCUCCAACAGUCACACAGAGUAUGUCAGCGACUCUUCCUGUAACAGUUCUGAUGGCGUCUUGGUUAACUUCUGCACUAUCUAUAACAGGAGCAACAACCCUGCCACGCCUCAUGACCCCAGCAGUCCUGCAGUUCACCCCUAUCAGUUCUCUGAGGGAUCCGUGUUCCUCAACCUCCAACCCGUUCCUCAGACUCCAGCCAGGGACCUCCAACAUGAUGACAUGGCAGUCAACUCUCCCCCUAAAGAGAAUAUUGACACAACGCCCUGUGCUUCCUGCUGGUCUCCUCAAGGUCUCGACUCUAACUGCAAUCUUUACUCCCUGGAGCCGCCACCUCCGGGUCUCUCCUCAUUGGAGGUUUCAGACCUGGCUGCCUGUCUCCAAAGCCAGGCCACAUUGGCCAUGGGGACCAACCAGAAGUACUACAAGCUUGUGACGUGUGACCUCUCCUCAAAGUCGCCCAGUCCAGCCUGGUCCGGCUGCCCUGAGGGUCAGAGCAGAAGUAGCCCCUUCCCUCCCUCUGAGCACCUCUUUGUUGAUCAUAAAACAGAAGGACAACACAAAGAAGUCAAGAAGGAGGAAGAGGAUCGGCAAAAGGAAAAGAGGUUCUCCACACAGUUUGAUUGCGCUCAGUGUCAGACCUGUGAUUACCAAGUUGCCACCACCUCCGCAGAGAAAUUCCUCUGCAGGAAGAAACCUACAUCGAGCAUCCAAAACUUAUCCCAAACGUCCUGUUCUCUGUGCCCCAUCCAGUAUAGCCCAAAUAGCAUCAAAUGCCAAGGCACAAGCACUGCGUCCACACAGCCAUCUUUGAUUCUGCACCAGGAGCACUGUGAUACGGAUGCUACUGAGAAGGGAGCAUGUUCAUUGGAAAAUGCAGUGGUGCGCUACAGUAAGGCCCAGAGACCAACCUCACUGCCCAUACAGCCCUUUGUUCUGGUCCCUGCAGGCAAACCUCAGACCCAGCACUUGGGCUGUCUUCUGGAGCAGUACAUAAAUCAGAAGAGCACCAAGUCUGGUGGCUCCCAACCAGGCCUCAAGUUCAAGGGCAAAAGCAGCCAAUGUUUUUCUAAUCUUCAGCCAUCACCAAUGGGCAAUCACUGCCCCAUUUUCCUGGAGGCUCCUUCCAGCUCUGACACCUGCUCCACCUGCACGCCAAGUCCAGAGUGCUUCAGCAGCAGACGAGCAUGGAGCCAGUCCAGCAGAAGCCAAGAACGCCCAAGUCCAUGUACAUCAAAAAGCAGCCUGGACCCAACCUACAGCAGCCCACAGCCCAGACUGGCUCAAGAUAAAACAAGCCCAUACUCAGGCAAAACUACCACUUCUUCAAAUCGGAUUUCAGCCCCACAUCAGUCGUACCUUGUUAAAAGUCCCGCCUACCAGGAUCUUAUUAACCUCUCCCCUGAGCAGAGCCAUGCCAACACUGAGCCCAAUAGUCCAAAUCAGUCCCAGACCUCCUACCAUGCAAUAUUCUCUCAUACACCACCCACUUUACUCCUCACCACUGACGCCCAUCACCCAAACCUGCAGGUGUCCCUGUCUCCUCCCACAACUGUACAACCAGAAAAGAAGCUCCCUCAGUACCAGGCUGCACCUGCAGCGGACACCGGCUUUUUUCACAAUAGUUUUACAGCUGCCCUCUCCUCUUUAGCUCCUCUCUCCUCUUUGAGUUCUCUGCUUUCCUUGGCUGCUUCUGGGCUGCAAAUCAAGGACUCUGCUGGGCUCAGUGGGAAGCAGAGUCAGAGUCAGCACAUUGAAUCUCUGAUCCUGAGUGACAGGCCGCCCACAGAGUUCUGCCUGUCACCCGACACAUCGUAUGAGUCCAUGUCUAUCAGCCAUCUUCAGAGGAGAGGUUUGCUGAGGUCUGUGAGCAGGGCGGUGGAUUUGAUCAUGGCUCAUUUUGGCAGCAGCAGAGAACCAGAAGAAAAGAUGCGGCUGGGUAACAGCUCUUGCAGUCCCACAAUUGCGGGUCUGGUCCUCGAACAUUUGUGUCCAGCAAUCCAGAAUAUUUUAGAGGACGGUCUUAGAGAUCACAAGCUGGAUUUCAUUAUCGGGCAGCGGCGCAACCACUCCUGGAGCGUGGUGGAGGUCUCUACUAGGAUCGGUCCAUCCACCAAGGUCCUUCGCAGCCUGGUCUGCAAAAUCAGACAAUAUCCCCAGCUCUCCAGCCACUGCAUGAGACUGAGAGCCUUCAUCAUGGGCCUGAUUAACUUGAGAGCUUUGGAAUUCUGGCUCAGUCACCUUCAGAGUCAAAAAGAUUUGGUGACAACAUACUACCAUUCUUGGGGGUUCCUGUCCAUGUCACUGGGUCAGUGUCAGCCCUUGUUUCAGGAGUUGCUACUUCUGCUGCAGCCGCUCUCUGUGUUGCCCUUUGACCUCAACUUGCUCCUGGAGCCCCGUCUGUUACGUAACAGACAGCUGUGUUCGGAGGAGCAGGGUGUUUCUCUACCUCCACCGUGUUCAGCCUUCCUAGUAACCAGCUGGCCACUACUGCAAGCUGACAAAAAGGUAGACAGCAGCCACAUUCAGCAAACUAAGCUUUUACACCACACAGGUCUGCAUCGCCAAGAGUCUCUCAGUUCUCAGAAUUGCUUUAAGCAGGAUUUCAGAGGAUUGCAGGCUAACAGGAGUCCAUUAGCUCCCAUUCAAGAGUGGUGGCCUAAACAGCUUGACCUUAUGGAUGGUGGGGUUGAAGGGGAGGACUGUAGCCAGAAUUAUGCAGCUACAUGGUCUCAAAUAAGUAUGGACAGCAGGCAUGAAGACAGGAGGGGAGAGAAAGACAAUCGGACCCCAAUUGCCUCCACUUGUGUCCAGGCUAAGAGUCCAUGUCAGGGUGCGCUGCGCUGGGCCAAACUGUUUGGAGCAGCCGAUUCUUCCACCAGAACAGAGACAGUUUCUCAGAGUCACAGUGGAGCACAAACCAGAAGGUACAGACGGCCAUCGCAGUGGCUGCGUUUUGACAGAUCGCAGCUUGGACUGUUGGCUCAAUCCAUCAGGUCAAUGAAGCUAGGAGGAGCUCAGACUAACAAGGACUACUGAAAACUGAAGAGGGUGCAGGACAGAGUCGGGCCUAUAUACUGUAAUAACAAAAAGUCUUAACUGCAUGAUAAUACAUACACAGCGCUGAACUGAUCAAAAAAGCACAUUAAAUACAGAACUAACAGCUUUGGCAAUGGCCCAUAUUCAUCAAGAUUUGCGUUGCACCAGCUAUUCGUAAAUCCAUCCUAGUUUGUGUGCCCUUUUCUAUUUUCAAAAUAAAUCAGGUUGCACCAUUUAAACUAAAGGAUCUUUUUAACUGGUAAAGAGUUAGUCAUGUGUAAUGAAACAUUUGUUUCGCUGUCCAAUUAAAAGCAAUCUAUGGAAACAUGAAGUCGCUGUAGCAUCACAAGCUGUAGCAUAACUGCCAAAAACAACAAUUUUAAGUUCCAAUCUAAUAUCAAAUCUAACUGUCAGUUUAUAGUUGGUAGUACUUUGUUAUAUAUAUUGUAUAUAUUGUCUCUUACUUUUCAAUCUAAACAAACAGGUCAUAUGUCGGCAAGCCAACGUUAGUUUUCUCAGUGAACGCUACAGUUACACCUGGACGUUACUGGGUGUUAAUAUUGCAGUGACACAUUUGUUUUCUAAGAACUAGUUUUUGUGGAGCAACCUGUUUUAAUUUAGUGAUGUGUGAAUCUCAACUUAGUAAACACCUACAAUAUAACUGGUCUUAGUUUGAACUUUCGAACAGAUGGUGUGACUGACUCCUAAUCUUAAAAUGUCUCUCUGUUGUAUAUUUUAUCGUUAUUUCUCAUAUUAGUUGUGAGAUAAAGCUUUAUGAAUACGGUAAGAGGCUGAUUCAUUUCCACAGAGGACCUUGAGCUCUUUUCCAGGAAGUAACUUGAUGAAUUAGGGCCAAUUCCUCCAUUUGCAAUUGCACUCUCUUGAAUAACUAUCUUAUAUAUUUCCUGUAAACGGAUAUCGAUCAAAAAAGUUGAAUAUUGACCUGCUUUAGACUGUUGGACAUUCUUGUGGUGCAAAAUUAUGUAUUUCUCAUAUGUCAUUCUCUCCAUAGCUGUAGCUUUCAUCUAUAGGCAGGAAAAAAAGCAAUACUCUCUUUAUUAGUGCCAAAUAUGCUACACACCAGCCUUGUGGAUAGUCAUUGAUGUUUUACUUCCAGUAACCUGCUUUCUUGAGCAAAUCCCCAGCAUGGAUUUUCUGUAGGUGCAUGAGUUAACAACCAUUUUGUACAAUAGUUGCUUCAGUACUUCCUAGGUCUCUUAACUCCCUGUUAAUGUUUUAAUUGCUGUAGAGUUAGGAGUUUUACAUUUUCUGCCACUGCAAUUCAAAAUGUGUGGAAUUGUUUGCAGUAGUAUGUCUUCCAGUGACGUUUGUUGAGUUGCACAAAUAUAAGCCAUCUUGUGGCUGUUUCAGGUACUUAAAUGUGUGUCAGCUAUAUUUUAACAGAGUGGUGGUAAGACAUGAGAGGAAAGAACAGAAAAUGUGUUCAUACCGUUUUUUUAAAUGUUAUUAUGUGAAGUUUAUGAAAUUAUUUCACCCAGCGUUGUUGUCUCAACCGCUAAAUGUUUCCUCUAAUGCCAGUGACAAUCAAAGUCUGUCAAUAAAGACUUCUUCUUAUGCCAACAGUGAACAGUACCCAUGUUUAUUCAUGUGUUUCAUGUUAAUGUGAUGACUUCCUUAUAAGUUCUUAAAUUUGACUCA